AAAAGGAAGAUACGCAACCGCCGUUUACGGUGGGGGACCGUUCGGCCUACUCUAUCUAUUCAGCGGCGCAGGCAUCCAAAGUUUCUGCAGGCGAACUCACUCUCUCCAGUACUCUACUAAAUCUGUGUAUAAAAGGUGCCUUCUUUGAUGCAUUAGGCCCGCCCUUACAGAGAAUUUCUAAAACAUGGGGAGCAUUACCACUUCAACUCAUAACAACUUGAAGAAUGCAGUGAUUGCAUUUCUGGUUCCCCUUCCAUCCAUACUCUUCUAUUUGACUUUCCUCCGCCACUUCAAUGAUCAUCGUGACAACAUCGAUUCCCUCUCCCCUUUGUGGAAAUGGUGCUUUGACCACCCUCUUCUUUUAGCCCAUGUCUUGUUUUUCUUCAAUGUCAACGUCCUGUUCUGGCUAAUUGGAACCAUUCAAUCCAGCCAUUGGAUGAUUGAUCCAUAUUGGACAGUGAUACCAGUUCUACUGGUACAUUACUACGCAAGUCAUCCAUUGGGACACGAGUACAACGUUUGGAGAUCAAGGAUCUUGAUUCUGUUGACAUGGGUUUGGAGUAUUAGGCUCUCUCAUAACUACUUCCGUCGAGAAAAUUGGCAAUGGGGUGCCAGGGAGGAUUGGAGGUUUACUGAUAUGAAGCAGCAGUAUGGCAAAUGUUGGUGGUGGGUUUCCUUUUUCGCGGUUUAUCUAUCUCAACAGGUCUUCCUGAUGGGGAUAUGCAUGCCAAUGUAUGCUGUUCACUUGGAGAACAAGCAAAUGAAUAUCUGGGACUUCAUCGGGGUUGCGAUCUGCUUGUCGGGUAUAGUUAUUGCGUACUAUGCUGAUACUCAACUUUAUGAAUUUGUGAGUAGAAAUAGCAAGCUAAGAGAACUGGAUGAGCCAGUAGUGCCAAACCUUGAUAAAGGUCUGUGGCGAUACUCCCGACACCCCAACUAUUUCGGGGAGCAGUUGUGGUGGUGGGGCUUAGUUAUCCUCGCAUGGAACCUGGGCCAUGGCUGGAUGUUUGUAGGUGCGCUCACCAAUACCCUUUGUUUAGCCUAUGUCACUGUCCUUGUGGAGAACCGGAUGCUAAAGCAAGACUACAGAGCUGAAGCUUACAGGUUAUACCAGAAGCGGACAUCAGUGUGGAUACCGUGGUUUACUUCUUCAACAGGAGAGAAAGACAAGAAUUCUUGAUUCUGUAGUGAAUUCUGGUAUCUGAUCUAUAUUGUAUGGCUUUGUACAAGAAUUUCAUUAUUAGUGAUUGAUUAUUCUCAGCUGUGUGUCUUAAUGCUUAAAAUUCUGUUCCUGCCCAUCCUAAUUAGUAGGAAGACGUGUAUGAUAUCAUGGCUUAAAUGUGUAAAGUUUUCUUAUGAUAGAUGACACUGAAGGGGAAGGGCAAUACUGCUAUUCAAGUCCUAGGAAACCAAACCAUCGUUAGUGUCACUCGUUCUGGAUUCGGUUACUAAGUUUCAGAAACGGUUUUCUGUACCAAUUUCUCCAUUUACUUCCAUAUCUGGCUCUCAUCUGUGUACCAUCUGGGCAUUGGAUGAAAAAUAGAUAUAAUGAGGGGGGUAACAACCAAGUAAACGGCAAAAGAUUAGCGCGUUCUGCGCUCGCUGGCUGCAAAUGACAGUUUAUAACCAUCUGAAGGAAUUUGAAGAAAAGCGUUUCUUGCUACCAAUUAAAAUCUAAGGAAAUAUCCAAAGUUUUCUUCUUCAUCUUUGGUUUGUCCUUUGAAAGCUUCAGAAAUUCUUGGUUUGCAAGCUUUAACGAUCGAGAACAACUUUCCACAGUUUUAAUGUUGUCACUCUUUUACUCUUUUAGGGAAGUUGCACUGUUGCAGUCUCGCAGAAAUUCCCUCCGAAAUUAUUCAUCGCGCGACAAAUUCGUCGACCUCUUCGUCGUUUUAGAUAUAUCAACGCCAAGUCGACGUAGUGCUUGAGUUCAAUUUUCUUUUUGUUUUCUUGAAGGCGUGGUGUACAGAAAGCGAUUUCAAAUUGAAGCGUCAAAUUUCU